AUGCGGAUCUGUGUUUUCCAAUCUUGCUUUGAGGAGCUUCAGGCUUCGGUGGGAGAUGCCCAAGAGCUGUGUAUGAACCCGGGCCCCUUCACGACGCAACACGUUGUGUCCCACAAGACGAUUCUCAAAAGCUCAGCCAAGGAACAAAUUGAUGAGGCAAUCCAGGAAGGCCAUGACUUCUACCUGAACUUUAUGUGGGGGACACAUGAUGAUUCCCUCGCCGGCGUGGAUGCGAUUCGAUACUUCGAGUCCUUCAAUCUUCCCUCUGCGGGGGUCCAAAGCUCCGAAAGAGAACAGUCUAAAUGGGACUUUUUCGCUGAAGCAAAGCGCGCCGGAAGUCCUCUUGUGCCUGGCACCGAGAAAUUUCCGUUAUUCGUGAAGCCCGCGUCUAGUUACGGGAGCAUGUUCAUUGAUGAGUAUUCGUUGUGUCAUAACGAGACUGAAUUGACCCGUUGCAUUGAGCGAUUGAAUCGAUCGAUGCGCCCGGUACGGAUUCAGCGAGCGCAAGCACUGGCCUGCCCAGACCCAGAGAAAUACGCGGAUGCCCGCGAAGCCGAAGGGCGGGAUAGUACAGAUAUUGUUGUCCAAGAAUUCAUCGACGGGGAGGAGUACUCUGUAGUGGUGAUUGCUAUGGGAGAAAGCCCAUUUCCACUGAUUCCGCAACGCGCCAAGUACAAAAAGGGGUCUGGCGAUGCACGAUUCUUGACUUUGGAUCUGAAAUUCGACGCAGAGUCUGGCUAUGAACUUCUUUCCAAAAGGGAAGAUCCAGACCUUUACAAACAUCUGCAGGAGACGGCAAUCGAAGCCUUUACCACAAAGAAGAUGUAUACCAACUGCAUGGGUUGUGACGUUGAUAUGCGGAUAGGCAGGGAUGGCAGGGCCUAUGUGAUUGAAGUUGAUCCCCUCCCUGUGUUUUUCUACCCCACAGGAUCUCAGCUCGAGGACACGGACGUCAAGUAUGGAUUCCCUGGCGGAUAUAGAGCGGUCGUGAACACUUAUAUCACAAACUACUUCCUCAAGAGCCCCGGUCCUCGGGGAACCUAUUGGGCCAAAUUGACUACGUUGUUUGACGAAAGUGCCCCAUCAGAGCAACUCUCAAGCGAAAUAACCACCCUGGGACCUUACACUGGCACCGCGAUUGAUCUUGGGUGUGGGACUGGACUAGUGGGUCGUCUUCUGCAUGAGAAUCCAGGGAACCAGAUGACUCACCUCAUUGGUGUCGACAUAUCAAACAAAAUGUUGGAUAUCUGUCACCAAGGGGGCCGAUAUAGCGAACUGCUCCAUGACAGAAUGGAGAAGUUCCUUGGGCAACGCACUGAAAUGGUUGACCAUAUUUUCAGCCUUUUAGCACUGGACUUCCUCUCCGUCGAAGAAUUAGACUUUGUGCUCGCACGUUGCUUUCAGCUCAGCAGAAAUUCUAUCACACUAAUGAUUCAGGAUUACGAGAAGACCUUAACAAAUGCGACUGGGCCACCUAAGACCUUUGAGGGUUACUGCGAAGACCAUGCUGAGAGGAUCAAAACAUUCCAGAUUCCUCCAGGUUGGCAGCUUCAAACCUCGUCUGCAGGACAUUUAUGUCGAGAGCGCCACCGAAUGUUUUACUUCGUUCGAGAUUAA